AUAUGACGGGCUGAGAAAAGCAAACAAAAAAGUUUAAUAAACAGGAAAAAAAAAUCUCAUAUCGAGUUCUGUGAGAUCUGCCUCCAAAAGAAAAAGAAAAAAAAAACUGCUAUCGGGAAGAAAAGGGGUAAAAUGAGGAUUAGGAAGAACAUGAAGCUGUCUUCGAUGCUUUUAGCGACAGCAGGUAACGGCGGAGAUAAACUGGAGACAUAUGUCUGUCCUCUUAACCAAUCUCCGUGGGAUGUGAUUCCUCUGACUUCCUCCCUCGACGACGACGAUGGUGCCGCCGAGUUAACUAACCUAAUUGACUCGUCUUGGUUUCUCCCUUCUCCGUCUUCUUCUCCUCCAUCCCUUACUCACCAGUUCGCUGGAGAAGAUAACUCUAACGGGAAUGUGAGCUUGGGCGAUUCAUUUGGCGCUUCACAAAGGUUAAAUGGCUCCGUCGGAAAUAAUCACAGCCUUGUCUCCGACGAGCGUCUUCACCACAUUUCGCCGGAGAAAUCGCCGGACGUUGAAGAUCCGAGCGACGACAGUGGCAAAAAAUCAUACUCCGCGGAGCCUCAUUCGCCGGUCAAAACCUCCGGCGACGACUACCAAGCGGCUGCGUCGGUGCCAGCGCCGCCUAAACGAGGACGGCCACGUGGUUCGGGCAAGAAAGCUCAAGCCUCCUCCACCGCCGCCGCCGCCGCAUCUAAUAAUCCGUACGAGUUUUACUAUUACUCUGGUUUCGGCCCACGGUGGGGGAGAAAAAGAGGCGGCUCCGGUGACGAGAAGAUAGUUCUGACUGAUAAUAAAAACGGUAGCGAAGAUAAUACGAGCAAAAAGAGUAGUAACAGCAGUGGUGAAGAGAGUUAUAAAACGGCGGCGUUUGAACAUGGGAGUAGCAGCUUCGAUAGGUUUGAGUUUAUGGAAGAGGACUAUGACGUUGUCGAUCAAAGCGUUGGAGAUGGGAAGAAGAUGAAGAGUACAAUGAAGAAGAUGAAGAGAGGGAGGAAGCCCGUAAAGGAAAGGUCUUUAAAAUCCCUCAUGUAAUAUAUAUUUAUGUUCUGUGAGGGCUUUUCUGUCUUUUUCGGUUAUCCUUUUUCUUUGUUGUUUGUUUUUUUGUCUGUAAUCAGAUUUCGUUUGUUUUAUUUAGUUCACAUUUGCAGUAAUGUUUUCAAAUCUAUGUUUGAAUUUGGUUAA